GCACGCGGGCUCCUCCUCGGCGGCAGCGGCGGCGAUGGCGGCGCUUGGGCCUCGCUCUUCCUCCUUCGUCCCCGGUUGGGAAGCGGAGCCUGGAGCGUCCGACAGCGGCGGCGAGGAGGAGGAGGAGGCCUGGGAGGAGGAGGAGGGAGGCGAGGGGCCGGAGGGAUCCGCCCGCGGGGCGCCCUGCCUUUUCUGCCCCAGGUCUUUCUGUUCAGCAGAAGAUGUUUUUGGCCACUGUAUGUUAGACCAUGGGUUCAGUAUUGGAACGGUGGUUCAUAAACACAGACUUGACUUCUACAAUUACAUCAAGCUAAUAAACUUUAUUAGGGCGGAAAAACCAACAGCGGGGUAUUUUAGUUCUGUGAGUUUUCCACUUCCUUGGGAAGAAGAUAAAUAUUUGAAACCUGUGUUGGAAGAUGACCUCUUACUUCAGUUUGAUAUAGAUGAUCUUCUUCAUUCCACCAGUGUGUCUUACCCUAAUGGUCUAACUGAAGCUUCAUCUCUCUCUGAACUUUUGAAACAAGCAGAGCAAAGAGCUGAACAGGCAGAAGAUGCAUUGGCCAGAGCCCAAGAGGAUCUUCAAAAAAUGAGGCAAUUUGCCCAGGAUUUUGUGAUGAACACAGAAGUCAGAAGUGGCUCAUCAGUCAGCAGCAUUGCGGACCUACGGGAGGAUGAGGAGGAUGUUUACUUCAGCUCAUAUGGGCACUAUGGUAUCCACGAAGAGAUGAUAAAGGAUAAAGUACGCACAGAAAGUUAUCGUGAUUUCAUAUAUGAAAAUCCCCACAUCUUCAGAGAUAAGGUUGUCCUAGAUGUUGGUUGUGGAACUGGAAUCCUCUCCAUGUUUGCUGCCAAAGCAGGUGCAAGAAAGGUGAUAGGGGUGGACCAGUCUGAAAUUAUCUAUCAGGCUAUGGACAUUGUUAGGCUCAAUGGACUUGAAGAUACUAUUUCGCUGGUCAAAGGAAGAAUUGAAGAAGUUGAUUUGCCUGUUGAAAAAGUGGAUGUAGUCAUAUCUGAAUGGAUGGGCUAUUUUCUUCUCUUUGAGUCGAUGCUGGAUUCAGUCAUUUAUGCAAGGGACAAGUACCUGGCAAAAGAAGGCUCAGUGUAUCCUGAUAUCUGCACCAUUAGCCUGGUGGCUGUAGGUGAUCCCAGUAAACAUGCUGAGAGAUUAGCUUUCUGGGAUGAUGUGUAUGGCUUCCGCAUGUCCUGUAUGAAGACGGCUGUAAUUCCUGAAGCUGUGGUAGAAGUCUUAGAUUCCAGCACACUUAUAUCUGAAGCUUAUGUCAUUAAGCGGAUAGAUUGCCAUGCUACAUCAGUUUCAGAACUGGAUUUUUCAUCAGACUUCACCCUGAAAAUGACAAAGACUUCUGUUUGUACGGCAAUUGCUGGAUAUUUUGAUAUAUAUUUUGAGAAGAAUUGCAGCAAACAAGUAUGGUUUUCAACUAGUCCCUCUUGUGCCAAAACGCACUGGAAACAGACAGCAUUUUUUCUGGAAAACCCAAUUUCUGUAGAAAAAGGUGAAGAACUGAAAGGAAGGAUUACACUCCACAAAAACAGGAAAGAUCCACGUUCACUUAUUGUUACACUUUCAAUUAAAAAUGUGAAACAGACAUACAGUAUUCAGUGAAGAUGUUCCAUGAUUGGCUUUAAGAUGAAUUCUUAAAUUAAUUUCAGGUUGCUCUCUCUGUAUAAAAAUUAUGGUUAUUUGCUUCAAUUUUCUGAAAAUGAUAGUAUUCAUAAGUCUCUUGGAUGGGUUUAUUCUGCUUCAUGGUCCAGCUAUUUCCUACAGCCAGAGAAGAAAAUGAAGAUGCUUCAGUGAACAAGCCAGACUUACAUCUAAUCAAAUAUGCACAGUAUUUUGUAGAAGUCAUUAUGUAAUACUAGUCUAACUUCUAAAAAUAUUUAAUGAAUUCUGCAACUCAGAAUAGCUAAGUAUUUAGGAAAAGUGGGUUGGAUGCAUAGUUUGCUUCUGCUAAUGGUAGCAUUCUGUGACUGAAAAUUUUUGUUUUCUUGUGAAACAAGGCAGGUGACAGGAGAUUUUCAUCAGUUUCUCCUUGUGCCAUACAGUCCCAUGUUCCCCACCGUUCGGGGGGGGGGGACUCUCCAUUUGCCAAAUGUUUGUGGGGAGCAUCAGAUUCACCUCUUGCCCUAUUCCACUAGUGAAGUUCUUCCACUAGAUCAGAAAUGUUCUAUCAGUGAAAGGAUCCUAUCCAUUUGCAGAAGGCAAACUCUAGAUUUUACUCUUGAGAGUACAAGAAAUCUUAAUGGAUUUAUGUGUUAUAAAACCUUUGGGUUUGAUCGCCCUUAGUUAUUGCUGGGCAAAAUGUAUACUUUUCCUAAUGUAUUUUUAUAAGUACAACGAAUUGUAUUUUGACAUAGUGAAUUUAGUAUGCCACUUGACUUUGAAACUGUCAUAUUAUCAUUGAGCCUUCAGGUGGCGAUUGUCCUCUAAUUUUUCACACUUGAUGUUAAAAACAGAGAACGUUGAUGUGAUAUAUCCUUUAUAUACUAAGCAAAAUUGACUCUGAAGAUGGUUGUACUUUAAAACUGUAAACAAUUAAAUAUAAUUGGAAAAUCUUCACCUAGUGGUCAUGGGGACAUGCUGAAUGUGCUAGAUAGUAUCAUGGAGAGUUGAGGUGCAUGUGGGAGAAUCUCCCAAAAUUGGAUCAGCCUAUCCUGUUCAGUUGAGUCCCUCAUUCAAUGAGGUACAUUAGGGAAAUGGAACAGCAUAGAUUUUUCACUAGAUCCAAUUCAGUAUUUAGGACCUGGAGCCAGUUCCAUUGCAAGAUAUGUCUGUCCCUGGCCCAUCUGAUGAUGGGCCAGUUCUUUCACCCAGCCAACCACCUAUCACUUUCUCCUUUUCUUUAAUUUUCUGAGUUUCAGGGCAUUCAGUUGAGCUGUUUUGUAUUAUUUCUAUUGAUUCUGUGUUCUUCAAAGCUCCCUGCAAUAUUAUAUGUCCUCUUCCUCUGACAAUUCAGACAAUAUAGUACACAGGAUCUGUUCAGGAUGAGCAGGUAAUGAUUGUGAACUGAGCCAAGACAAUUCAUUUACUGAAACUGUUAAUACAACUUUAAAAGUAGAAUGAAAAUUAAAAAUAAGUGGAGAGUGAUCCACUGCUUAUCAGUUGUAUCUCUGCUUUUAUGCUGAUUAGCUCAGUCUUUGAAAACUGAUUGAGUUAAUAAGGAUAUAUUUUUUUAAAAAAAGAAAACUGAUUGAGUUGACUUUUUCAUAGGCAGAGCACUUGUCCUCCCUUUCAUAUCUCCAUGAGGCUGUUCAGGUAUUUUGGGAAUUAACAAUUUAAAAUGUAGUUAAUUCUGCAUUUCAUUUCAGUCAUCAUACAUAAUUUUACUUUCUGUCAAGAAUGCUUAAAAAGUAUACUUUCACGUGCCUCAGGGGUUGCUCUUUUGGGGUAGAGGACGCUUACAGAUUUCUGGCUAACAAUUGCUACAUAUACCACUUUCACAACUUGCCUUCCAUCAGAGAUCUUUACCAACCCUUUCCCAGUCAGUCCAUGAUAAAAGGAGAUUCUUUUAAUAAACUCUUACAAAUGAUGCUAACAAAAAUUGCAAUUGUGAAAAUUAAUCGCAUCACUGAAUAGUUUACUAAUGGCACAAAGCCACAUGGGCAAUUAAAGCUAAGAGGUUUGUCAUUAGGUGGUGUAACUACAGUUUGUACAGAAUGUUUUCAUACUUAAUGAUUCCUUUUGACUACUUAACACUUUUUAAACACUUUUGAAUUGGAGCUAGAUUUUAAAAUGCUGUUUAUUUUUAAUGACUUUAAUAUCUAUUAAAUGGUACAUUUACUGUAUAUAGAGAGAUGCUGGUAUGCUUCCAGACAGAGGCCUUCAAUACUAAGUAAAGUAAAGGUAUUUCCCAUUUA